GCAACGCAUGCUGGGGGCCGGCUGCCGCGGCCAAGAUGUCGCUGAUCAAGAAAAGAAAGCUUGAGUCGGGGGGCGGCGGCGCCGGAGGGGAGGGAGCUGAGGAGGAAGAUGGCGGGGAGCAGGAGGCAGCCCCGCCACGACCCAGGAGGACUAAGCGCGAGCGAGACCAGCUGUACUACGAGUGCUACUCCGACGUCUCGGUCCACGAGGAGAUGAUCGCCGACCGCGUCCGCACCGACGCCUACCGCCUGGGCAUCCUGCGGAACUGGGCCUCGCUGCGAGGCAAGACCGUGCUGGACGUGGGCGCGGGCACCGGCAUUCUGAGCAUCUUCUGCGCCCAGGCCGGGGCCCGGCGCGUGUACGCGGUGGAGGCCAGCGCCAUCUGGCAACAGGCCCGGGAGGUAGUGCGGCUCAACGGGUUGGAAGACCGCGUGCACGUCCUGCCGGGCCCCGUGGAGACGGUGGAGCUGCCGGAGCAGGUGGACGCCAUCGUGAGCGAAUGGAUGGGCUACGGACUUCUGCACGAGUCCAUGCUGAGCUCCGUGCUCCACGCGCGGACCAAAUGGCUGAAGGAGGGCGGUCUCCUCCUGCCAUCUUCCGCGGAACUUUUCGUGGCCCCGAUUAGCGACCAGAUGCUGGAAUGGCGUCUGGGUUUCUGGAGCCAGGUGAAGCAGCACUACGGUGUAGACAUGAGCUGCCUGGAAAGCUUCGCCACGCGCUGCCUGAUGGGCCACUCGGAGAUCGUGGUGCAGGGGCUGUCCGGCGAAGACGUGCUGGCCCGCCCUCAGCGCUUUGCCCAGCUCGAUCUGGCCCGCGCCGGCCUGGAGCAGGAGCUGGAGACCGGCGUGGGCGGGCGCUUCCGCUGCAGCUGCUACGGCUCGGCGCCUCUGCACGGUUUUGCCAUCUGGUUCCAGGUGACCUUCCCUGGAGGGGACUCGGAGAAGCCCCUGGUGCUGUCUACCUCGCCUUUCCACCCAGCCACUCACUGGAAGCAGGCGCUCCUCUAUCUGAAUGAGCCGGUGCCGGUAGAACAAGAUACGGACAUUUCAGGCGAGAUCACUCUGCUGCCCUCCCGGGACAACCCCCGACGUCUGCGAGUGCUUCUGCGCUACAAAGUGGGGGACCAGGAGGAAAAGACCAAAGACUUUGCUAUGGAGGACUGAGCGCUGCCCUUUUCCCCAUCCACCUUCUUCGGAAGGUCGGAAGAGAAAAGGAGAUCUCCUGUGCAAGUAGGGGACAUAUUUGCCCCCUUUACCUCACCGUUUCUGGGGAAGGGAGAGUGACUUCAGUCUUCAUUUGAGGACAUUCUCCUGGCAAUGUUUAUUUAAAAAGUGAGCCUUUCUGACCAAGGACUGGUGCAGUGUGCCUGUUAAUGAGCUUUUAAGCCUGGAAAGCAUGAAGUAUCAAACUUGUAUUUUGGUUCCUUUUGUUUCCCUGUGGGGGCGGGGCGGGGGGGGAUAAAAUGUGAUUUUUAUCCACGCGCUAAUCUGACACUUCAUCUCUCAAUAUGAAACUGGGAAAAAGGACAAAAUAGUUUGAUUAGAUUUCAGAAAUUUCAAGUAUGAUUUUUAGGGCUUUUUUUUUUAAGUCUGAAUUCUCUCAAGUCCUAGGUGCCCGUGGAAUAUGGAUGGGACCUGUGCUUAUUUUCUGAGUGAAAGUCACCUGUUAGUAAGGAUCUGGGGCACACGGGAACUACUUUUAAUAACCCUAUUCUCGUUACUCUAAAUCCAUAGGGUACUAAAUUUGAUGAACACAAUAAUAAUCUUAGUAAAGUGACUAAUUGUACAGCAGUUCUGAAGUAACAAGAGAAAAGUCUGAAAGUGAAAUAGUAUGGCUUGAAUAUCCUUAUUUUUACUUUUAAGACUGAGCCAGGAAAAUUUCAUAUAUAUUUUAGAAAGAAUAUGAUUCUUGUAAAGCAGGCUGACAGAGAGGAUUGCUGAACCUAGCCCAGGGGCGUAUUCUUUACUUGUUGCGCGUUGUUUAAACUCACUGGGAAGGAACAUAAGUGUCCUACUUACAGGCUCCUUUCUUCAGUUCUUUUUAGUUCAGCCAAAUGUGAACGUGGUGAAUUUGGGGAAAUCGCUUAUAAUGAAGUGCACUGUGACGGUAUCAGCAUGGCUAUACGAGAGGAACAGUGUAUGCCACUGAGGACCAAAGGGUCCAACCGAGCACGGCCUUUAGGAUGAGCACCCUAGGGAGGGCUGAAAGCCUGCAUUGUGUGACACCCAGGCACUGUCUGAUGUGUUCUGUGGAUUGGGACUGGUAAUGUGGGAGCCCUUAGGGCUCCAGGCCUGGAAUACCAGACCUAAGAGAGAGCAUCACGGUCAGGGUCACCUCCCUCCCUCACAGCUUGCAGUUACUUAGCCCUGUAGGUUUUUUUUUUCUUUUAUUAAGCCAGUGAACAUAGUUGCUACAAGUACAAUCUAAUAGUCAUAUUAUGAUAGAUUUGGAAUCACAAACUAAAAGAAUGUGAACACUGCGCUCUAAUAUAUCACCACCACUAGAGAUAUACCAUGAUAGGAUGGUUGAGUGUAAGGAAGAAUGACUGUUAUUUACACAUGUAAAAAGGUUUCUAUAGAUAACAAUUUGCCUAAAGUUACAUAGAUAUAAUUCUUUCUUUGUUUGCAUUGUGAGAUGGGAUCACAUGUAGUGUGACGCUAUCUUGGAACUCACUACAUAGCUAGCGUGACCUUGGACUUUUGAAGAUCCUGCCUCCACCUUCCAGAUACUGGAGUUAACAGCUCUGUGCCACUGUGCCCAGCACACAGCUAAUUUUUGGCUGUUAGGUCUAGGCACAAUUCUUUGUCUUCCUGAACCUAAACGAAAAUUUCCUUUCGUUAUAUUAAUCCUGCAUACUUCAGUUGAGAACAGAACACUACAGACCAUCUGAACGGUAACAACAGUUUAAUUAUUGAUAAUAAGAAAGUGUUUAGUGCUAGAGAGUCUCACAGGUGACCCUAAUACUGCCUGGGAAAACCCUCUUCCCUGUGUAACGCCCUGAGUUUGACAGCAGGCACUCAUUGGGAAAGCCCCUAGUUUUCCUUCCCAAACAGUUAAUCAAAGGUGACAGACACUCUGGGGUCCCUAGAAAACUGAAUCCAUGACAGUAGCAAAGACAAGUGAACUCCUUGUCAUUUUGGCAGAGGGGCAGCUGAUAGAGCUAAAGGAGAUACAAAAAAUGGCAAUGGCGUAAGAGUUCAAGAAGGCAGUUGUGAAAGGUCUGCUGCCAACAGCUGCCAGCCCUGUGUUAUCCCCACAGUUUACACUACCCAGGGCCUAGGAGAGGUGGCUCCUAGGGGGCAUUUACAGCACAGGCCCACGCCACCCAUGUGCUCAUCUAUGUAUGUUUCUCCGUUAAUUUUAUUAUUAACAAUUACAUAGUAUUUAAGCACCGUAAUAAAUAAGUACAUCCUCCUCUCAAAGAUCUAGGAUACGUUGGGGACAAAAGAGUAAUAUCAGCUUUUUGCAUGCACCCAUAAGCCGAGGAAGCCUUUCCUUUCUAGCUCCGAACUCUGCUGAGUGAACUUGGAGAGGCAGCUCUCAUCCUUUAAGUCUCUCCAAGGAUUGAUAUAAAUCCUCUUCUUACCAACAGGUAGAUUGUGAACACCUGGAAAACUUGCCCAUCUGAUAGUCUCAAAUUAGGCAGUAUUUUCCAAAAUAUUAGUCUGUUCCAUCACAGACAAAGUAUAUUAAGAACGUGAUCCAAAUCUAAACCAAAUCUGUAUCUAUCCAUGUAUGUCUGUGUAUCUUUCCCAGCUUUCUACAUGAUUUCAUUUCCCAUGCUCCAGUUUGUGAUUUGUCCUUUGACUUGUAAUAAAGCUUACAUGUUUUGUUGGAA